AUGGAUGAAAAUAUAAAUGAAUUAAAUAAAAGAAUAAUAAAAAAAAUUAUGAUUAUUAAUUUUGAUGAUAUUAAUGGGUAUUCAUUGAAAAAUAUUUAUCCUAAUUUUAAUAACUUGAAUUAUUUUUUUUCUUUCAAAUGUUUAAAAAAUAAUGAUAUCACUAAAGAAAUUGAGUUGAAUAAAAUGAAAAACAAAAGAAAAGAAAAGAAAUGUAAGAAAUAUUUUAGUUCUUCAUGUUCUUAUAAUAUAUACGAAAAAAAAAAGGAAAAACUAGAAAAUAUGAUAAAUAAUAGUAAUUAUGAUUCUUACAAUGAACAAAAAUCAGUUAGUAAUUGUGAAUUAUUAAAUGAUUCAAAUAAUUUAAAUAUAUACUAUAAUUCUACAAGUUCAAAAAAUCUAUGCAACACAAAUAAUUUAAAAAAUUCAAAUAUCAUCAUAAGUAGUUUUAAUUCAAAUUAUUCAAGUAAUUCUAAAGCUUCUAGUAAUUCAAAAAAAGUUUACAAAAAAUAUUAUAACAAAAAUUUCAAUUCUUAUAAAAAAAAAUUAACAAGUAAGGAUUUAGUAGAUCAUUUUUCGAAGAAAUUUAUUAACAAAAAUUCAAGCGAAAAAAAUUUAGAGAAGAAUGAAAAUAAUACUACAAUCAUCAAAAUUUCCAAUGCAUGUGUUAAUUUAAAAAAAACAAUUAAUAAUAAAAAAGAACAUCCAUAUUAUAGUUCAAAUUUAAGUGAAAAUGAAUAUAAUACAACAAAAAGUUCCUUAUAUCUUUCAGAAAAAUCAAAAUAUGCUACUUCUAUCAAAGGUGAUUCUGAUAACUUUUCAAGUGGGAACUCUUAUUUUAAUAACACAAGAAAAUUUUAUAAAAAAUUAAAAAAAUUAGAUAAAUCACCAAGAAUGAAAAAUUUCAAAGAUGAGAAUUCUACAUUUUUAAAUAGUUUAACUAACUAUAAUAAAAAUUUUGAACUUUUAAAAAUUCAAAAAGACAUUAUUAAUCUCAAUGAAUAUUCAGAGUAUGAAAUGAAAAUAAUUAUGAUGUAUUCUAUUCCAUAUAUAAAAAAGAAAAAAUUAAAUAAAUUUAAUGGAGAAUUAAAAAAUGAAAGUAUAAUUAUAACAACUGAGUUAUUAAAUAUUGAUUUUUUUAUAAAAGUUAUAAAAUUUUUUAGUAUUGCUUACUUUGAUAUUGGAUUUCAUAUAUUAAUAAGUUUUUAUGAAAAUUUGAAUAAAUAUGAAAUUACAAAAGAAAAGUUAGAAAUAAAAUUAAAUUAUAAAAAUCAUAAUUUUUAUGAGAACAUUGAAAUUAAUUCUAUUAAUUCUAAUUAUAAGAAUAUUAUAAAUUCAAAAAAUAAGAAGAAAUUUCAAGAAAAUAUUUUUGAACUUCAAUCUUUGAAUAAUAACAAAAAUGAUACAUCUAUUAACAUAAUAAGAACAAAUAAAAGAUUUAAUAUAGAAAAUUUUAAUGAUCAUAAUUUUAAUCCAUUUAAAAAUGCCAAUAUUUAUAAAAAUUUCUUUUAUUUUAAAGAGUAUUUAUUAAUUUUUUUUGAAAUGAUCUUACUUGGAUAUCCUAUUUGUGUAUUAUCUAAGAAUGUUCAAAGUUAA